GAUAACUGGAAAAAGGAGUGGGUUGAGUCGUCAAAGAAGUUAAUUGAGUCACUGUGGAACGAAUAUAAACCUGUGGAAUCACCUCUUCCUCUCUGCGAGGUCCCAUCGAGGACCAAGAACGAGUUCUUGAAUUGGCGGAACAAGCACCUGCAGCCAUCACUCAUCACGGACGAAUACGAGCGUUAUUGCAAUUCUGAAAGGGCUUAUGGUUUCACAAGCGCCCUUGCAUGGUGGCUAGAAGAGACGCAGCAGAAAAACUACCCGAACCUGAGCAAGAUGGCCGUGGAUAUACUCUCAAUUCCUGCAAUGUCUGCGGAGCCCGAACGACUCUUCUCUGGGGCAAAGAUAACGAUUACGGACCGCCGAAAUCGACUUGGGAGUGAUGUAAUUGAAGCAUUGGAAUGCCUAAAGUCAUGGUUCGGGAUACGAGACUUUCACGUCGAUGAUGCUUUAGCCGCCGUAGCUGAAUGA